AUGUUAACGAGCGAGCGGCGAUGCCCCAUUGAGCCUUGGAAGGGCCUUAAUGGCCCGGGCGAGGUGCGGGGCGCGGCCGCCCACCCCCCGGGGCAGCGGCCCUCGGGGCUGAGCACCCUGCCCAGCGCUCCGCGCACUGUCCUCGCCGCCCUCGGCCUCGGCGGCCCGCGGCCCCCUUAUCCCGCCGCGGGCACCCGCCGCCGCCUCCCCGAGCGAGCCCCGCGGGCCAUGGCGACCCGGCUGCUGAGCCUGGCCUGGCUGCUGAGCCUGCCGGCCGCCAGCGGCCUGCCCCUGGCCCCCGGCCCGCGGGACGAGGUGCUGGCGGCGGCCCUGCAGCGGCUGCGGGAGGUCUUCGACAUCGAGGAGGUGCCCCCCGACGUCCUACCCCAUAAGAAGCCACCCCAGUUCAUGGUGGAUCUCUUCAACAAGGUGGCCGACGCCAACGGCAUCACCCGCGCCCCGGGGCUGCUGGAGGGGGACGUGGUGCGCAGCUUCGAGGACCGAGUUCACGUGGACCAGCAUCUCUUCUACUUCGACAUCAGCGCGAUGGAGAGGGGAGAGCAGAUGCUGAAAGCGGAGUUCAGGGUCUUCAAGCUGAAAAGGACACACAUGUCUAGAAGGUCUGACACGAAACACUUUUGCAGAGUGGAAGUGUAUGAGCUCUUAGAGAGUGGAAGUAAUCCACAAAAAAAACAUCUAAUUGCAUCAAGAUUAUUGUCCCUGUACACAGAAGGCUGGGAAGUAUUCAAUGUCACACAGACAGUUUCCAAGUGGGUUGGAAACAGCAGCUCCAACCAUGGAUUUUUGAUAACUACAACACAUGUAUUCAACGAUAGAAUUGAGCACAACUUGGUUAAGUUUGCCAAGAGCCUGGGCACUUUGCAGGAGAGUAGAAAUGCUCUCCUUGUCCUCUUCACUAAAAGUAACAAACGAAGGUCUUCCAGCUUUGUAGCCUCUUCCACAAAGAUGAACCCUGCCAAAAAUGAUGCUUCACAUGUACCUCAUGAAACUCAGGUUAUCGAAAACAGCAAUGCAGGCAUGAGCAGGAGACCUCGAGCUGCUGCAAUCCCUUCUGCCAAAAACCAAAUAACAACGUGUCAUCGAAGGGAACUCUACGUUGACUUCCGUGCUAUUGGCUGGUCAGGAUGGAUUAUUUACCCAAGUGGAUACAAUGCAUUUUAUUGCAGAGGAACCUGUCUCUUCCCUUUGGGAGAAAGUCUAAAUGCAACAAACCAUGCUACAGUUCAGUCCAUAGUCCAUACACUUAAACUGUCUCAAGAUGUCAGCACACCCUGCUGUGUGCCAGAUGAAUUGAAGUCCCUCAAUCUUCUGUACUUUGAUGACAAAGAGAAUGUGGUCCUUAAAAAUUAUAAAGACAUGGUGGCAACAAGGUGUGGUUGUCAUUAGCAGGGCCCUAUUUUGUCUGCAUUUGGCAGAUUC